AUGACCCUCUUCCCCCUUUUCAUCGUUUUCUCUCUCCUCCCCUACUGCCUUUCUCUCUCUAGUCCUUUCAACUACAGCUUACACAUUGACUGCGGCGGCCUCGUCGACUCCACUGACGCCUUCCACACCGCCUGGCUCUCCGACCGCUUCUACUCCGGCGGCUCCGUCGCCGUCGUCUCCGAGCCCCUCCGCUUCGUCCAACAGCAGGAGAAGACCCUCCGCCACUUUCCCAUCUCCUCCGGAAAGAAGAACUGCUACUCCAUACCCCUACCCGCCGGCGCCGGCGCCGGCCGCUACCUCCUCAGGACGUUCACCGUCUACGACAAUUUCGACGGCAAGUCCCACUCCCCCUCCUUCGACGUCUCCGUCCGGGCUACGCUGGUGUUUUCAUGGAGAUCCCCCUGGCCUGCGGAGAUUUCUCGAUCCGGCGCGUACUCGGAUCUGUUCUUCCACCACGACACCGACGCCGUGGACCUCUGCUUCUACAGCAUCGCCACCGAUUCUCCGGUCAUUGGCUCCCUCGAGGUGUACCAAAUCGACGCCCGCGCGUACCCCUUUGACCACCCCGGCAACUCCAGCGACUACAUCCUCAUCAACUACGGGCGGUUCUCAUCCGGGUCGGGCCGGUGGGGACCCGGAUUCACCAACGACACCGAUUUCUUCGGCCGGACCUGGCUCACGAUUUUGAGCGUGAGGCUGGUGCCGGUGGUCGGGUCGCCGGUUAUAUGUGGGCUUGAAAAUUACGCCAUUGUGCCGGUUGAUCUCAGGACAACACCUGAUCAGGUGGUUGCAAUGAGGGCACUAAAGGCAUCUCUGCAUGUGCCAGAAAGAAUGGGUUGGAAUGGCGAUCCGUGUGCCCCUACCACAUGGGAUGCAUGGGAAGGUGUUACUUGUCACCCCUCAAAGGAUGAAUCUUACCUUGUUGUGUCUCAGAUAGAUCUCGGGAGUCAAGGGCUGAAAGGUUAUAUCAGUGACCAAAUUGGCCUCUUGACGAACUUGGUAAGCCUAAACUUGAGUUCCAACUCUCUCGGAGGUAGUAUACCCUCUGGACUGGGCGAAAAGUCACUUGUGAAACUGGAUUUGUCGAACAACAAGUUUACUGGAUUCAUACCAGAUAGUCUAACCUCGUCAAGUUUGCAACUCGUGCUACUGAAUGAUAAUGUAUUGGAAGGACAAGUUCCAGAGGAACUUUAUUCAAUUGGGGUACACGGUGGAGCCAUAGACCUUUCUCGCAAUAAACGAUUGUGUGGUGUGCCUUCUUUGCCCGAUUGUCCAUUGUUUUGGGGAAAAAACGGGUUAUCUACCGGGGCCAAAAUUGGAAUAGGCCUAUCUUGCAUUGUUGUUUUAUUUUUGCUAUUGCUGGGAUUAUACUAUUUCUGCAAGAGGAGGCACAAUGACUAUGGCUUUGGUCUACCUCAUGAACUGAUAGCACUCUCUUCAAAGACAAACAGAUAUCAUCGACAAAAAUCUUUGAUGACCCUUGAAAUGGAAAGCCAACACGCCAAAGGAUUUAUUCGGAGUUACAGUGCAAAUUGA